ACGGCCGGGCGGCAUUGCUCGCUCGGGCGUCGUGAGCGCGCAGGCAGCAGGCUUGUAUAGCAGUGUGUGCUGAGGUGUGUGUGUCUGUGUGUGUGCUCCUCUCUCUGCCGCCAGUUACCCGCUGUUUGUGAUGAGAUGUAGUCUCGACACAUCCCACGAAGACAGUGUUGUGUUGUUUGUGUCAGACUUCAGCUAGCAGGGUUUUCUUUCUUUUUCUUUCCCCCCCCCCCGGACAGAUGAGCUCUCUAUUGUCCGUCAUUUUGGCUGCAUGAGCCGCUUGUGGAGGACUGACAGGCGGCUUUUUGUGUGUGGCAUGUGAUACAGACAAGAGACUGAGGCGUGUUCAUGUUUCACGGAUGUUACCAGGAGAAGAACAAGAGAGAAGCAGAAGAAGAAGGAGGAGAAGAAGAAGAGGGGGCUUUUCUGUCAUUUUCUGCCGCCUGUGUGUGACUUUAUCACCGCUAGGGUUCAGCAGGACAUGACGGAGGAGGGCUGCCGGUGGAUUUAUGGGGCUCUUCCUAGCUGUUGAAUGGCAAACACUCAGAGAAGAUGAACAAUGACCGUGGAGCUUUUCUAGUUUCCUUUGGAUGCUCUUAUUUUGUUUAAAAAAAACAACGUUUUGCAUGCAUUUAAAUUGUAUGUGAGUGAGAGCUAACAGCGUUAAAGGGAGCUUCAAUUCAGGCGCGGCCACCAGGCAAGCCAACAAUGCGGAUUACCUCCUGACUGUUUGCCUUUGUGUCAAUACAGACUGUUUGUAUAAAGUUGAGAUAACACUUACAGGUCAAAUAGACGGUCCUCUCCCCACAUUUAGUGUUUUAUUUUAUUGUCUUGUGGGGGGAAAGAAAGAAGAGGACACGUUGAAGUUGAAUCCCACAUGUGCACAGGUUGUCUGUGACACUACAAACAAACAGGAGCAACAGGGACAACCAUGGCGAACGACUCCAUACAAAGUGACCCAGGUGGGCUUUCGGUUCUGGAGCAGCUCGGUCUGGAUCAGAACUCUGAUUUCUCCGACUCCAGUGUGCAGCAGCUUCUGGAUGAGCAGCGCGAAAGGAUCCGCAGAGAGAUUCGUAAGGAGCUGAAAAUCAAGGAGGGAGCUGAGAACCUACGCAGGGCGAUGACUGACAGGAGGAACGCUCAGCAGGUGGACAGCCAGUUGCGGUCUUCCAACCGCAGGCUGGACAAUCUACACGCUCAGCUGCAAGAAUUGGAUGCUCACAUUGUGGUGAAGGGAGGAGAGGAGAAUAAAGAUGAAUGUCCUCAGUCUCCCGGGGCAGAGAGUCGUACGUCAGCCCACAAGGAACGCAUCGCCGCCCUUGAGAGACAGCUCAACAUCGAGCUCAAAGUCAAACAGGGAGUUGAAAACAUGAUCCCCGUCUACUCCAAUGGAUCCACAAAGGAUAAGAAGAUGCUGCAGACGGCGCAGCAGAUGCUGCAGGACAGCAAGACCAAAAUUGACAUCAUCCGCAUGCAAAUCCGCAAAGCUGUGCAGGCCACCGAGCACAACGAUGACACACAGGGUAACCAGGACCUCUGUGGGGUGGAGCUGCGGAUUGAAGAGCUGAGGCAUCACUACAGGGUGGAACAUGCUGUCGCUGAGGGGGCCAAAAAUGUGCUCAGGCUCCUGGGGGCCAGCAAGGUCCAGGAUAAGAAAGCCCUGUCUGAGGCACAGUCUCGUCUGAGCGAGGCGUCUCAGCGAUUAGACCUGCUGAGGGACUCUUUGGACCAGCGUCUGGCAGAGCUGCCGGAGGACCAUCCAAAGGCCAGCAUCAUCAAAGAGGAGCUAGUCCUGGCCUCCUCCCCUGCCUUCAGCUCUCGUCAUGGCGCCCCCUACCUCCACAACCAGUACAGCACCCUCAACAAGCCCUCACCUCUCACUGGUACCUUGCAGGUGCAGCUGCUGGGCUGUGUGGGGUUGUUGGAGGUGGUCCCAGGUCGCAGUAAAGGGACAGCUGUCAUGCUGCCCUGCUACAGCCCCGGAGACACCAGGUCCUUCAUGAGGGGCAGCAAGGGACUCUACGGACGGAGCGGCUCAGUCAGUGGGAAGACACCCAGCAAGGCAGAUGAGCUCUCCUCUGAGGUGAGUACAGUGCUGAAGCUGGAUAACACAGUGGUGGGGCAGACUGCUUGGAGGACUGUGGGAGAACAAGCUUGGGACCAGACCUUCACUGUGGAGCUGGAAAGGUCGAGGGAGAUGGAGAUUGCUGUUUACUGGAAGGACUACCGCUCACUGUGUGCUCUGAAGUACGUGAAGCUAGAGGACUUCCUGGAUAACCAGAAACACAGAGUUCAGCUGGAGCUGGAGCCUCAGGGCCUGCUGCUGGCCGAGGUGACCUUCUUCAACCCGGUCAUUGAGAGAGUUCCCCGCCUCCAGAGGCAGAAGAAAGUCUUUUCUAAGCAGCAAGGCAAGGCAUUCCUGCGGGCUCGUCAGAUGAACGUGGAUAUUGGGACGUGGGUGAGGCUGCUUCGAAACGCCAUUCCCACAGUCAACAACUCGGGAACCUACAGUCCCAAUGCACACAACCUAACACUCAACUCCGGGGAGGUCUCAGUGGAGAAGUUGAGUCUGGACAGCGACUCUCCGAUAAGAGGCGAUUACAAGAGAGACAUGGACACACACACCCCGGACCGACUGCCAGUCAUUGAGCCCUUCUCCCCCCCAGACCUCACCCCCGAGUGCCCUGUCCGAACCCCGUCUGUUAGCAGUAAGCAGAGGAAAGGUCCUCUCUCUCUCCAGGACUUCAGGCUGAUUGCUGUGUUGGGCAGGGGACACUUUGGGAAGGUUUUGCUCUCAGAAUACAAGAAGACGGGCACAAUGUACGCCAUCAAAGCCCUGAAGAAAGGAGAUAUUGUAGCUCGGGAUGAGGUGGAAAGUCUAAUGUGCGAGAAGCGCAUCUUUGAGAUCGUGAACAUGUCGCACCAUCCGUUCCUGGUCAACCUGUUUGCGUGCUUCCAGACUCCAGAGCAUGUGUGUUUUGUCAUGGAGUACACAGCAGGAGGCGACCUGAUGAUGCACAUCCACACAGACGUCUUCACAGAGCCACGAGCCGUGUUUUAUGCAGCCUGUGUAGUUCUUGGACUUCAGUUCCUCCACGACCAUAAGAUUGUGUACAGAGACCUCAAGCUUGACAACCUGCUGCUAGACACCGAUGGUUAUGUUAAGAUCGCUGACUUUGGACUGUGUAAAGAAGGAAUGGGCUUCGGGGACCGGACCAGCACUUUCUGUGGGACUCCAGAGUUUUUGGCCCCAGAGGUCCUGACAGAUACAUCUUACACCAGGGCGGUAGACUGGUGGGGGCUGGGAGUCCUCAUCUAUGAAAUGUUGGUGGGAGAGUCUCCAUUCCCAGGGGACGAUGAAGAGGAGGUGUUUGACAGCAUUGUGAAUGAUGAAGUCCGCUAUCCACGCUUCCUGUCCACUGAGGCUAUUGGCAUCAUGAGAAGGCUGUUGAGGAGGAACCCAGAGAGAAGACUGGGCUCUGGUGAAAAAGAUGCAGAGGAGGUGAAGAAGCAGCCAUUUUUCAGAAACGUGGACUGGGAGGCGUUGCUGCAGAGGAAGGUGCCCCCUCCCUUCAUCCCCUCCAUUGGCGGCAAGGAAGACGUCAGCAACUUCGACGAGGAGUUCACCACUGAAGCUCCGACGCUCACGCCUCCACGUGAACCUCGCGUGCUCUCCCGCAAAGACCAAGACAGCUUCCGGGACUUUGACUACGUCUCUGACCUCUGCUAGUGUGCUGCGGGGUGGGGGUGGCCUCACAGACCUCGAGGAAUGUUUAGAUUUCGAAGGCUUUGCGAUGGUUGUACCGGAGCCGUUAAUUACACUGUGAAUGAAUGUGGAGAGACCGGAGGCAGUCGGUCUGUAUUUUGUGUGUGUGCAGGAUUUUAAAGACCGAGGACUGAGAAAAUAAAAGCUGCGAACAGAUAGCUGACGGGGUAAAAUGUUUUAUCACAAACAAAAAGAAGCAACGGGCCCUUUUUUCCAAUCAUUGUACAACACACCAGUGACUUGUGUAUCUUACAAACAUUAGCCUUUAAAGUGUCUCCUCUCAUCCUCCUAUGUGUCAGUGUCGUCACCUGUGCAGCUGUGAGAGGACCUCGCUGUCUCUUUGUACUGUUGACCGUUUGGGGCUUGUUUAUUGGCCUCUCAGACCAAUGCCUUACAUUUGUACUUGUAUUUGAUCCACACAAAAGCAAUUUGUUUUUAUGUUGUCACCCUUUGUAUACAGCAGCAGGAAGAGUAAUCUGAUGCACUGCAGAAAAAGAGGAUUUGUUUGUGUGGAAAUGUUGACAUUCAGAAUGAAUCUGUACUCAAAGCUUUCCCAGCAGUCAUAUGACGAUGACCUUCAGUCAUGCUGACCGAUGCUAGGUGACUUAUGAGUCAACUACAGGGUAAAGAACCACUGUCUUACUUUAUUUUGGACUUUUAGCAACUACUUUUUAAAAUUUCUUCUGCUUGGAUUUUAAUUUCUGACGAAAAGUAGUCAUAUUUUAUGACACAUACUUUCUUUUAAUUGGAUAUAAACCGGUGUAGCAGACACAGAAUCAAAACCACCGGCAUGAAAGCUAUGUGGCAAGCAGGUUAAUCCAUUUUUUAAAUUUUUUUUUAAUUGGACAAAAAAAAUCCGAACACUAAGACUUGAUGUACAAGUAGUAGACUGUCCAUUAUGGGUUUGAGACACAUUCAUCCAGUUAUCUAUAUGCUACCAGAGUUUUGUGAACACAAAGUAAGUAAUUUCCCUCCAAGACAAUUAUAUCUGACUUUAACUAAACAAACGCUGGCUGUAACAGUUGUUUUAGUGUAUGUUGGAAGAGCAAGGCCACCAGCGGCUUUAAAAACUGUCUGGUGUGGUCAUUGCACGGUUUGGUUUCCUUCACAGUGAUAAAAUCAUCUUUGUUUCUGCUGAAGCUGACUGAUAUCUUGGUGAUUUUGGAAAAUCUGUGUGCCGCCAAAAGCACAACAAACCUUAUUAGCCAUUUUUCCACAGUAAAUCCAAUUAGAGCUUGCUGCAGUGAGUGCUGCCCUACUGUAUAUCCCAGCCAACAACUUCUUUUGGCAGUACAUUUCUAAAUGAUCAAUUUCAUUUGAGGGUGACAGAACGAUUUAAUGUUGGAAGUCAGUGGUAUAAACGUCUAACACUUGAGCAGCUCUGAGUACAGGAGAGGUUUGUUGUGAAGUUGUAUGUAUGAUGGUGUGGAUUUUACUUAUCUUGUGUAUGACAAUACAAAACCAUGUGAGAGUAUGAGAUGACUUCUUUUAUAAAGAAAACCUGGAGUGAA